GAUUAGUACUGAGGGGGUUGGGUGGUGACUGGCAUUUCAGUGAAAGCCAGAAAGUUUACUUUGCAGUAGUGGUUUAUAAUGAAACCCAAAUGUAUGAUGAGAAGGUGAAGAAAAGGGAAGACAAAGAACACUGAUCAGAAAACCAACUGUCCAUUUGUGUGGAUUUCACCAUGCCGUCUGCUGUUGGAGGUCCUGUGGGGUACACUCCUCCAGAGGGGGGCUGGGGUUGGGCAGUGGUGGCUGGUGCAUUUAUCUCUAUUGGUUUUUCCUAUGCCUUUCCCAAGUGCAUCACUGUGUUCUACAGAGAUAUGGAAUUGAUCUUCAAUGCCAGCACAAGUCAAGUCUCCUGGAUCUCCUCCAUCAAUGCAUGCUUCAUAUACGCAGGAGGUCCAAUCAGCAGUAUCCUGGUAAAUAGGUAUGGCAGUCGUCCUGUAAUGAUACUAGGGGGCUGCCUCUCAGGAGCUGGACUUAUUGCUGCCUCUUUUUGCAACACAGUUGAAGCAUUGUAUUUCUACGUGGGUGUGGUAGGAGGUCUCGGACUUUCAUUCAAUCUCAACCCCGCCCUUAUAAUGAUCAGCAGAUACUUCUACAAGAGGAGACCUUUUGCUAACGGAAUUGCCAUGGCCGGUACUCCUGUAUUUCUAGCCAGUCUAGCUCCUUUGAACAGCUGGUUUUAUGACCAGUUUGGCUUGAGGGGUAGCUUACUUAUCCUAGGUGGGCUUCUGCUCAACUGUUGUGUAGCUGGAUCUCUCAUGAGGCCCAUUGGGCCAAAGCCCAAGCCUGCUGUGGAAAUGCCUGACACUUCACCAGAGAAGAAAACAAUGAUGGAGAAUAUCAAUAGUUUUAUUGAUCUUAGCCUCUUCAAACACCGGGGCUUCCUCUUGUACCUAAUCGGAAAUGUUGUCAUGUUUUGUGGACUUUUCACCCCCCUUGUGUUCCUCAGCAAUUAUGCUAAGUCUAAGGAUAUUCCAAAUGAUAAGGCUGCAUCUUUGCUCUCAGUGCUGGCCUUAGUGGACAUGGUAGCACGACCCUCCAUGGGCACAGUGGCCAACACCAAAUGGGUGCGGCCCAGGGUGCAGUAUUUCUUCGCAGCUUCUGUUCUCUUUAACGGUGUCUGUCAUGUGCUUGCACCUCUAGCAGUGGACUAUUCCGGGUUUGUUGUCUAUUCUGCCUUCUUUGGGUUUGGGUUUGGAUGGCUGUGCUCUGUGCUGUUUGAGACUCUGAUGGAUCUGGUGGGGGCAGAGAGCUUCUCUAGUGCUGUGGGGCUGCUGACCAUUUUGGAAUGUGUGCCAGUGUUACUUUCCCCACCCUUGCUGGGAACAUUUAAUGACAUCUACUGCGACUACAAAUACACUUACAUAAGCUGUGGAAUAAUCCUGUUGGUUGCAAGCUUGUUUCUCUUUGUCGGCAUGGGCGUCAACUACAGGCUGCUGGAUAAGGAAGCAAAAGAGGAAGCUAAAAGAGCCCAGCUGAAAGAAACGUCAGAUGAGUACACCACAGAGACUGCAGUCAAGCAGACUGGCAAUGAGGAGAUGGUGGCACAGAAAUAAGCUGAUUCCAAAACUGCAGGAGUGCACUAAGUGAUCUAGUCUACGAAUGACUAACAUGGCAUGCAUAAACAGAAUUCACAGGAAGACAGACACAAGCUUUUUUUAUGAUCAGUGCACUCUCCAUGCUUUGAGAAUGGGAUUUUGUUAUACAAUGUCAUCUUAUGUUGGUAAAUUUUCAUUGGAAUUUGUGCAGUAAUAUGGAUAAAUGUAAAGUAGUCCAGAAAUAAAUAUUUAUUGUAACCUUAAACUGAAAUAUUGAUCAUCACAAUAUGGCAGAAUAAACAAAGAAAAAUGGAAAAA